AUGUCUCAACCACCGUCUCCAUUCCCCCCGCAGUCGCCGUUCUACUCAUCCCAAAUCAUGAACACCGCCCACUCUGACACACCUCCUCCACCACCCCCCAAACCCAACAGCCAUGAAGCCAGUCGACGUGGCACCCCACAAAACACCUCCGCUACACACUGGCAGCCAGACACCCAGACAGGCACACAUCAGGGUGGAUACCCCAGCAAUCCUCAACAGCCAUAUCUCCCCGAACCCCCAACAGUCGAGGAAGGCUGGCUCCCAGACCUAGUAUCCGACAAAUCAACAACCGAUCUCCAAACAAUCCUCAAGGACCCAGCUUUAAUAUCCGCUCUCUCAAGCCAGCACCCCUCCUACACAGCCCGCCAACAAUACCUCGAAAGCCUAAUCCAAACGAAUAAAGACCUCGCAACCCGCGUCCUAGAAAUGCAGAACCACCUCGCCGAAGUCCGCGCCUCCACUGAAACAAUGCUGAUCACACACCAGUCGCUUGAGGUCUCCUGGCGCAAAAAGCAAGCCGAGAUGGACGCCGCUCUAGCGCCGUGGUCGCCGAAGGCGCUCUACCAGCGCUUCAGCGCGGCAAUCACGGAGCAGGAGGCUGUGUGCCGUGCUGUUGAGGAGAGUUUCCUCGACGAAGACCAUCACGGCCUGGCGACGGAGAAGGAGAUUGCAGAUUGGGUCCGACGCGUACGGGGCGAGGCAUCUAAAUUGGCGGCUCGGAAAGAGGCCAAGGCACGGUGGGAUGAGGGACGUGUUGGUGGUUGGCGAUGA